GUGGGAAAAAAAAAAAAACAAUCCGAGUCUCGUCUUCGUUCCACGUAACCGUGGCGGUUUUCGGCCCUUGGUGUUCGACGCGGACGGAUUCAACAAACCCCCAAUGUGGCGUUUGAGUUUGGAAGGUUAUGGACUGAGGUUACUACGGGGUGUGGCAUCGUUAUUUUCGGCGGGUCCGCGAAACUCGGCGAGAGACGGCGACGCGAUGUCGCGUUAGAAGAACGCGAGAGCCCGUGGCCGCGCGAGAGGAUUCACGAGAGAGAUUCGUCGCUCGCACAGUUUUGCCCCCUCCUUCUUUUGUUUUUUUUUUCCUUCCUCUUUAAACCUCUCCGCGAGCCUCCCGAAGGGUUGUUCGCGCGCGCGAGAUCCCGGCGAGGUCCUCGCGACGCGACGCGAGUCGCGAAGGGAGAUGCGCUUGUGACAAUUCCUUGAAGUCAAUUCGCGCGACCGUACCGUUGGACGUGAAGUAGGUAAUAAAAGUUAUUAUUGUGCCGAGCCGCACGCGAGUCGCGAGCCAGGUACGACAGUCCAUGAAAUCACGCGCAACAAACACGACGUGGGAUGUUGAGCGCAACCACCCCCACUCAGCCCCACGAAUACACCGAGAUGUCUCGGUUAGCCGACUACUUUGUAGUGGUCGGCUACGAUCACGAGAAAGAAAGGGGUGGAGUGAGUAGCGGAGUUAUAUUGCAACGAUUCCCAGAGAAAGAUUGGCCAGAUACACCUUUCAUUGAAGGAAUAGAAUGGUUUUGUCAACCGCAAGGAUGGGCUUUGUCAACGGAGAGACAAGAGCCACGCUUCUUUGUGUCGAUACUGACAGACAUCGAUGCGAAUCGACACUAUUGCGCCUGUAUGUGUUUCAAUGAAACGGUCUCCAUCGUGCCAAGUAAACCAGUAGAUGAGGAAGAGGAUCCCGUUGAUGGAGAUAGUCGACCUCUGGUCAGGGCGAUACCCGCCAUUGCCCAUCAUAGCAUUAUGUAUGCACCCAAAUGUCUGGUGCUGGUUUCCAGACUUGAUUAUAUAGAAACAUUUAGAAACUGUCUCGGUAUCAUUUAUACAGUGUAUGUGGAAAAUCUUGGCAUACCAUUAGAGACUUUAGUUGGAAACAUAUUAGGAUGUAUUCAAGUACCUCCUGCUGGUGGGCCACAGGUACGAUUCAGCAUUGGAGCGGGUGAUCGUCAAGCGCUUCAACCACCAAUUAGUCCUUCUCUUCCUAUAACUCAUACUAGUGUAAAUUUAUUAUUUCAGCAAUUAGGUAUUCGUAAUGUGCUAGUAUUAUUUUGCGCAGUCAUGACAGAACACAAGAUACUUUUUCAUUCUGCUAGUUAUUCUCGAUUGACCGAAGGAUGUCGCGCCCUGACAGCGUUGAUGUACCCGUUCAGAUACUCGCACGUUUACAUUCCUCUUUUGCCUGCGGCUUUAGUCGAAAUACUCAGCACUCCAACACCAUUCAUUAUGGGUGUACAUAGCUCGUUAAAAUACGAAGUUGCGGAACUUAUGGAUGUAAUAAUUGCCGAUCUAGAUGGAGGCUCUAUAACGGUUCCCGAUGGUGUUUCGCUUGCUUUAUUACCAGAACCAUUGCUCUCUCAGACGCAGGAUGCGUUAUCUUUAGUGUUGCAGCCGGAAUUAACAUGCGCCGAUUACGCUUUCCCUCCGCUCGCUACUAGGGCGCCGCAUUCGCCCAUGCUUGAUAAAGAACUUAGAGCGGUAUUUAUGAGAACCUUUGCUCAAUUGUUGCAAGGAUACCGGAGCUGUCUAACGUUGAUACGAAUACAUCCGAAACCGGUCAUUACUUUCCACAAAGCGGCAUUUUUGGGAGAGAGAGGUCUUACAGACUGCGAUUUUACCACGAGGGUCUUAGAUUGCAUGUUUUUUACGUCCUUCAUCGCGGAGAGAGGUCCGCCAUGGAGGCCCUGCGACGUGUGGGAUGAACUCUACAGUAAUCUGAACGAUCAGUUAAAACAGGAAACGCAGGAUCACCGAGUCAUUUUGACGCAUAUCCAAGAACUGGCGCAACAGUUGUAUUUGAAUGAGAAUCCGAACCCUCAACCGUAUGUGCAGAAGAUCCUGAAGCCACCCGAAGGUGCGUUUGCGAGGAUUCAUCAACCUCUUUUGCCGCGUAUCAAUCCCGAGCAGGUCCAAGUGAUCAUCGAUGAGGGCCUCGCGAAGAACAAUCUCAAAGUCAGACUGUCUUCCCUACGACCGAUUCAGCCUCGCAUUGUGCCCAUAGGUCCGCAUAUCUCGUUUAUUCACGAUACUAGACAUCUGGUCAGCAACUCUGCUCGUAGACUAGAAGUAUUGCGCAAUUGCAUCAACUGUAUAUUCGAGAACAAGAUAUCAGAUGCUCGCAAGACGUUUCCAGCUGUCUUGCGAGCUUUGAAGAGCAAAGCGGCCCGGUUAGCGCUCUGCAUGGAGCUAUCGCAACACGUGGUCGGAAACAAGGCCAUGUUGGAACAUCAGCAAUUCGAUCUGGUGGUACGUCUGAUGAAUUGUGCGUUACAGGACGACUCGUCGAUGGACGAGCAUGGAGUCGCCGCGGCGCUGUUACCACUCGCCACUGCAUUCUGCAGAAAACUUUGCACCGGUGUGAUCCAAUUUGCGUACACCUGCAUUCAGGAGCACCCGGUAUGGCAAAAUCAACAGUUUUGGGAAGAUGCAUUUUAUUUGGACGUGCAAAAAGAUAUCAAACGCCUAUAUCUGCCGGGCGACAAUUCGCCGCCUAGACUCAUAAAUGAUGGUAUUCUGAGUCCCAUCAGUCCGCGAGACGGCAAGGAAUUUCCGUAUCGCGAUCGGUAUUCCAUUUAUCAAGCGCAGGAACCGUCGGCGCUGGAGAUUGCCGCGGAUCAAAUGCGAAUUUGGCCGUCGAUCGAUCCUGAAAAGCAAAAGGAACUCGUGAACAGCGAGGAGAGUACCAUGUAUAGCCAGGCGAUUCAUUACGCCAACAGAAUGGUCUAUUUGCUGGUGCCGUUAGACAUCGGUUCAAAGACGCAUCGUCAGGAUCACAUCUACGACGAAGAACGCGCGAGUAAUAGCAUCACGAAUAGCGUGGCGAGUGACAGUGGCGACGCCGAGUCUGGAUUCGAAGAGACCGAUCCAAAUGAAACUGGCAGCGCUGUCAUACGAAUGGUUUCGCGAUUCGUCGAUCGCGUCUGCACCGAAGGCGGCGUCAGUGCCGAACACGUGCGAUGCCUGCAUCAAAUGGUGCCAGGGGUUGUUCAUAUGCACAUCGAAACGCUCGAAGCGGUCCAUAGGGAAAGCAAAAGGCUGCCGCCGAUACAGAAACCGAAAAUCUUGACGCCCAACAUGUUGCCCGGUGAGGAAGUGAUAAUGGACGGCUUGCGCGUUUAUUUGUUGCCCGAUGGCAGAGAGGAGAGCUCCGCGGGACUGCCCAAGAUACCGCCUCUCUUGCCGGCCGAGGGUGCCAUCUUCUUAACGAAUUACAGAAUAGUGUUUAAAGGUAUACCGUGCGAUCCAUUCGCCUGCGAACAAUUAGUCGUACGAGCCUUUCCCGUGACGUCUCUUACCAAGGAAAAGCGAGUCGCCGUGCAACAUCUUGCACAUCUGGAUCAAUGUCUUCAGGAAGGUCUACAAUUACGUUCCUGCACGUUCCAAUUGAUAAAACUGGCCUUUGAUGAGGAGGUGACGCCCGAGAAUAUCGAUACUUUGAGGAAACUCGUGCACAAGGCGCGAUAUCCGCCGCACAUUUUUCAUCACUUCGCGUUUAACGGUCAGAUCCUAGUCACGCAGACGGCGCAUCAUAAAAAUAAGGAGAAGAACGCCACGCUGAAGGGUUUCGCGAAAAAGACACUGUUGAAGACCGCGCGCAAAGCUGGUUUCAAACCGAAGCAGUCGUCCAAGCGCCAGAAGUAUGUGCUGCCGAAUAUGAAUCUCAUCAAUAGCAACAAUAAAUACAUGACAUCGCCUGGACGAAUGAGUCUACCGAUGACCGACAACAACGAUCUCAGUCACGACGAUGAUCUCAGCGUCGACGACUUCGAAAUACCUGGCAUGGUGACACAGCCGCCGACCGAUGCCAAGACCCUUGAACGUUUAUCCGAACGUAGCUAUGUCAGGGAUUGGUAUCGGCUAGGUCUCUAUUCGAACGGGCCGCACAAUAAUCGUCGCAAUGAACCUUUUCGACUAACCUCGGUAAACUGCGCUUACAUGAUUUGCCGGAGUUAUCCCGCGCUUCUGAUCGUGCCCACUUCUGUAUCGGACGAGAGCAUUCGACGUUUUUGCAGGCUUCAUCGCCACAGUAGAAUGCCAGUCGUUACCUGGAGACAUCCGCGAACGAAGGCACUGCUGAUCCGGGGCGCGGGUUAUCAUGGGAAAGGCGUGAUGGGCAUGCUGAAAGCCCAUCCGACCUCCAGCAGUAACCUCAAGACUACGUCUUCGGAAACUACCUCUUCUCUGGAGCAAGAAAAAUACAUGAUGGCACUCGUCGCCGUGACGCCGCUCUCCGUAUUGCGACAAGGUUCCGCAUGGGGCAUGUCCGACAGCUCUUUGAGCAUAGACUCGCUAUUGCUGGCGGCGGAAGAUCGUAAUGCCACUCCUGAGCAGUCACGUCGCAAUCCGUUUAACAAACCCCUCAGCACUUUCAGCUCGUCGGGCGGCAAAGGACCCAAGAACUUUGGGCGAUGGGGCUCUUUGAAGGAUAAGAGACAUAACUCGCAAGCUUCCCUGACCUCCGUUCAUCAUCAGCGCGGAACUGUUAGACAUUCCGCGGAUUCCGACAGUGGCACAGAAUGCGUUCACACGUUUCAGCGCGCAGCUCUCUAUAUCCUGGGCGAAAAGGCGCACAUGAAGGGUGUGAAGGCGGAAUCCGCUCCCAAGACAGAUUUCAUUCCAGUGGAAUACUAUGAUGUAAGACAUACCAAAGCAGCGUUUAAGAAAUUAAUGCGAGCAUGCGUGCCGAGCUCGCCAAACGUGGAGCCCGAUCAGAGCUUCUACAGACUGAUCGAAAGCUCGGAGUGGUUGCAGCAAUUACAGAAUCUGAUGCAGCUGGCAGGUGCGGUCAUUGAUCUUAUGGACAUGCAAGGUUCGUCAGUGGCCGUAUGCUUGGAGGAUGGUUGGGAUACUACGACUACCGUUUGCUCGGUGGCGCAGGUAUGCUUGGAUCCGCACUAUCGUACGAUCGACGGUUUCAGGGUCCUGAUCGAAAAGGAAUGGCUUGGAUUCGGACACAGAUUCGGCCACAGGAGCAAUCUCGCCGCGAACUCGCAAACUACAAAUUUCACACCCACGUUCCUACAGUUUCUCGAUAUAGUGCAUCAGAUACAGAAACAAUUUCCCCUGGCCUUCGAAUUCAACGAGUAUUACCUUAAAUUUCUGGCUUAUCAUUCGGUGUCUUGCCGUUUCCGUACGUUCCUGUUAGACUGCGAAUUCGAUCGGGUCGAGUGCGGUAUCACCGCGAUCGAAGAUAAAAGAGGUUCUCUGACAAGUCAUCACAAGGGCGUGGACACUGGUAGCGACGACGACACGAUCUAUCCUGGCGGUAGAUUAGCAGGAACUGGAAAUACUGGCUGCAAUCUCGGGCAGAGUAUAUUCGAUUACGUAGAGAAGCAACAUGCGAGAUGCCCACUCUUUUACAAUUUCAUGUAUACACCCAACACGGAGAAUCCUGUUCUGCGACCGGUCUCUCAUUUGCCGAGCCUCGAUAUCUGGCAGUUUUACUUGGAAGAGGAACUGGCGCAUGGUCCGGCGUACGAUCUCGAAGUUUUGCAGCAAGAUUCCCAACAGGAGGAAGAGGCCGAGGCUGCGGAUGGCGUAGUGAAGAGCAAUCGUAAAAUGGUCACUCAGGGAUACGAUGGAAUCACUACAAUGGUUCCCGAUCAAUUCUCGCAUCUCUUGGAGGAGAUUCACAAAUUGGAGACCGAACUGGGUCAUUUGCCGCAAAAGUGGAAAGUACUCUGGGAUAAACUCGAACUGCCGAAUACCGAUUCACUUGCCCGACACGCGUCGUUCAGUACGGCAUUAGUGCGAUACCACGGUCGAUUGAUUCACAAACGCUCCACCCUGGAAUUGCUGUUACGCGGCAAACUCGCUGGUGGAAACACUACCGGGAACGAGGGCUCCGUAUAUGCGCAUCCGCAUAGGUUUGAACGAUUGGAUUCCGCGACGCCGACUCAUUGCGAUGCGUGUUCCGGUGUGCUAUGGGGUCCUGUAAAGGCUGGAUUAAGAUGUAUCGAUUGCGGCCACGUGUGUCAUGACAAAUGCGCGGAUGCUGUGCCAAAGAAUUGCACAAAGUAUAAGGCUGUGACGGAUAAUCUCCAGACUCACACGCUUACAAGAAGCGGUGGCGAUAAUGGAAGCGUAAACUCAAGUGUAACAACUAUACAAACUAGCUCUCAACAAUAUUAUGAACAAUUUUCGAGCAACGUGGCGGAAAAUAGAACGCACGAAGGCUAUCUUUAUAAACGGGGAGCUCUAUUAAAGGGUUGGAAGCAAAGAUGGUUUGUACUGGAUUCUAUAAAACAUCAAUUGAGAUAUUAUGAUGCAGUGGAGGAUUCACAUUGUAAAGGAUAUAUAGAUUUGGCUGAGGUGGUGUCUGUUACUCCAGCUGCACCGAUGCCCGGACCACCAAAGAAAACGGAUGAUAAAUCCUUCUUUGAUCUUCGUACAAACAGACGGACGUAUAAUUUUUGCGCCGCCGACGCAACCACAGCACAAGAAUGGAUCGAGAAGGUUCAAGCGUGUUUGCAAUAAUGUCGCAGCGCGCUUGAUUAUAUUAGUACUAAUUAAUAAAAUUCUGGAUGUGACUGACAUAGAGGGUAAAAACACAAAUUUUAAUUUUGUUACAUAUAUACUUGUUACAUAGUCUAAUUUUUGUGUAUGCGUCAUAGACUGCAGUAAUCUUGCUUUAAGUAUUUUAAAACGCAAACUCUCGUUGGACUGAAAAAUAGUAUCAUAAAUUUCAAUGUGAUACAUCCAUAUCCUCGAUAUAGGAUUAGUAUAUGAAUAUAAUGUAUAUUGUAAUUAUGUCGCGUUAAAGUUUUUAUUAAUUCAGCUGGGAGAUGAAAGAUCUAUAAUGCCUGAAAUCUUUUUUUAUUUUGUUUAAUAUAUUUUCUAACGUUUAAAUUAU